GCUUCCUCCUCCUCGGCUCAGGUUCAGGCUCCGGCGACCCGUUAUCCGCGCGCCGCGGGAGCAGCAGAGGCGAGGCAGCGCCGCUCGGCAGGGAUCAGCAAUAUUUGAUGAACUGGAGCUGACGAAGUUGAAGUCAUGACCUUUUUGAAACGAAGAAAGGCAGCUAAAGGCUCCGAAGAGAAUCUAAAACACCAGGAGGUUGAAAAGCCCAAAAUGAAGGCUUCAACCAGUAAUAUUUCAAUCAUAGAAGCAGCUUGUUCUGUUUCACUAUUCUGUAUUCUAUUGCGAUCUGUUUUUAAUGUGGUACGUUAUUCAACAGGUAGAGUGGGACUGAAAGGUAUAACAUUCCUGGUUGGUGGAUUAGCAGCAGUUUUCUUAGGACUCUUGACCUCUGUUUAUGUGGCGACUUUGCAUGAAAAUGAUCUGUGGUUUUCUUCUAUCCAGGAGGUGGAGCGGGAAAUUUCAUUUAGGACAGAAUGUGGUCUGUACUACUCUUACUACAAACAGAUGCUGCAAGCCCCAACCAUAAGCCAAGGAUUGAAUGAGCUCAUGUAUGACAAUAAAACUGAAUCGAGGAGAACGAUAAACCUCCUGAAGCGAAUGAACAUUUACCAAGAGGUUGCACUGAGCAUUUUGUACAGAAUUCUGCCCAUUCAGAAUUACCUGGAACCAGUUUAUUUCUACUUGUAUGCAAUAUUUGGACUCCAGACCAUUUAUGUCAUUUCCAUGUACGUUACCAGCUGGCUACUAAGUGGAACCUGGCUGUCAGGAGCCCUUGCAGCCAUAUGGUAUCUCCUAAAUAGAAUAGAUACUACAAGAGUGGAGUUUACUAUUCCUCUUCGAGAGAACUGGUCACUUCCAUUUUUUGCGUUACAAAUAAUGGCAAUUACAUACUACCUCAGACCACAUCUGAAACCUCUUCAACAGCGGCUAUCACUUACAUUGAUCUUGACCUCAACAUUCCUUUUCUGCGUGACCUGGCAGUUUAACCAGUUUAUUUUGCUGAUACAAGCAUUGGCUCUGUUUUCCUUGGACUGUUUAGAUAUGGUACCCGGACGACAGAUUACAUCUCUCUACCUGGUUCAAGUGGCCUCGUUGCUUCUCGUCUGUAUACUGCAGUUUAACAACUCUAUGCUGUUGGGCUCUUUGUUCCUAAGUUUUAUUUUUGCUGCCCUCACAGUGAAAUGCUUGCAGGAAAACUUAAAAACUGGUGGUUUGAUUAUAAGAGUUGCAAAACUAGUGCUUCAUCUUGGCCUGGUAUUCUGUUUAACAGCUCUAACAAAUAACACAAUUAAGAACCUUCUAGGCCUAGAAUCUGAUGAACACAUUUUUAAGUUCCUCAGAGCAAAGUUUGGAUUUGGAGAAACACGGGAUUUUGAUGCUCAAUUAUACCUGUGUGAAGAAGCAUUUGGCCUGCUGCCCUAUGAUACUUUUCAAAGGCUUUCAAAAACAUUAGUUUUCCCUUCAUAUAUUUUGGUUUUAUUCUUCACCAUGAUUAUUGCUGUACUUGUUGCUAUUCGGAAUCUCAGCUAUUCAUCUCGCAUCCAGAUCACAGCUGUUAAAGACGAGCAAGUGACGAUGCUGAAAUCAGACAUGGCCUACAAUCUAGUGCAUAAUCUCUUGUUUGGUCUGCUGGCAUUAAGCACAAUGAGAAUGAAAUACUUAUGGACAUCCCACCUGUGUGUCCUUGCAUCUGCUGGAAUUUGCAGCAAUCAUUUGUGGAGUCUGAGUCUCAAAGCAAUUCAUCUAUAUUCUCCUCAACGGGUACGUGUGAUGAGAUUUGCAGUUCCCGUACUGAUGUUUCUUUACCUUUGCCAUGAGUUCUGGCCGAAAGUGAUGGCUGAACUAUCAGACCUGAGGGAAUUCUAUGACCCAGACACAGUUGAAUUAAUGAACUGGAUCAAAACAAAAACUCCAAAAGAUGGGGUGUUUGCUGGAAGUAUGCAGCUGUUAGCAGGAGUCAAACUGUGUACCGGGAGAACCAUUACUAACCACCCUCACUAUGAAGAUAAGAAGCUGAGAGAAAGAACAAAGCAGAUCUAUCAGAUUUAUUCACGCCGUUCCCCUGAAGAUGUUUACAAUAUCUUGAGAUUAUACGGUGCAGACUACAUCCUCCUCGAGGACAGUGUUUGUUACGAAAGAAGACACAGCAGAGGCUGUCGCUUGAGAGAUCUGCUUGAUGUAGCAAAUGGGCAUGUGAUGGAUGGCCCAGGAGAAAAUGACCCUGAUUUGAAACCCUCUCCUUAUCAACGUUUUUGCGAUGAAAUCAAGUCUAACCAACCUCCGUACACCACUUACUUUGCCCGUGUGUUUCGGAACAAAACCUUCCAUGUCUACAGACUCAAGAAAAAGAAAGAUGCACCCUAUUAGAAGCUAGGCUUCUGCAGUUGUUCCAUUACUGCAUUGUAACAUGUCAAUGUCUGGUUUGACACAAUUGAAAACAAUGACUGUUUACGGAAAGAGUAUGUGAGAAGAAUUAGCUUAGCUCCUGCUGAAUGGUAUCAUUUCACUUUUAAGAGAAUUAUUCACCAGGUGUUCCAACUCGUCCUUCAGGCCUAGUUUUAUUUCAUGCUCAUUUACCAUUGAAAGCAAGAGGUUGUAUUUUUUGUUCCAGUUCUACAAGUUUUAAUUUGUUGAAACAAAAUUUGCACUGCCAGUUAAUUUAAUCACCAGCUAAAUAUCUUAACAUGCAAACUAUUUUUUCUCUCACUAAGUACAGUAUAACAUUAACAUUUGAAUGUUUUCUUAUUGCACAAUAAUUUAAAUGUAAGAUCAUUUAAUCAAGGUAUUUUUCUCAUCUUGUCUUGCCUUAGUGGCAGUACUGAUUUGAAUUAGUAACACAGGUUGGCAUGAGAGAACACAUUCCUUUCCAUAUUAAUCUUAAUUUUUAUAAAUAAGUGUUUACUUGUAUAAUUGCGGUACGUGUAUGAUAGUGUGCUUUACCUGGUAGAUGUGUUUACCUUCAAGUGUAUUUGUCAUUUGUGUAAAACAUAACACCAUGUUUUCCAUUAUUGACUGAUUAGUAGAUUUUGGAUAUUGUUUAUUGGUAAAUUAUCCUAACCUUAUCACACUGACAUUAGUAUCUAAAUUGUGCCAAAUUAGAUGAACCAUUUUUGGCCAGUAUUACAAUCUAGGAGAUUUAUUUUGUGUUAUUCCACAAGCAUCUUUAAUACAGAACCAUUGGACCAUUUCAGGCUCCUGUGCAGAAAAUUUCCAAUCGGACUGCCAAGGCGUGCCUUAACUGUUGCAGCACGUUCUUUUAGAAUGACACGAUUGAAGAAUGUUGAAAUAGGUUUCGUCCAUUGUCUGAAUUGACGCAUAUAAUGUCUGGGGGUUAGGUUAUUAUGGUCUAUUUUCAGCAAAACAUUUAUUGCAUUAUUAAUUUGGUUCUCAGUCAGCUGUGUGAAAAGCUAUGAAAUGACUUCCUGACAUGAAAGGUGCUAUAUAAAUGUAAAUUGUUGUUAACUGAACGUAAAAUUGAAAAACAUUUUCUGUAACUGGGAUUUACAGAUAAUUGUUGAUGCAUUAUUGCACAUAGGUCAGCCGUAGUGCCAUUGGCCAAGUUUUUAAAAAUUCCGAAAUGUAAAUGCUGCUGAGAGUUAAGUCGAAGCUGAUUUUCUUAACUAGCUUUGAUUACCUUCCCUCCCCCUUCCUAAGCCAUUAAUUUAAUCCUUUCACCUAUAUUGUCCUCUUUUAUCUGCAAGAGCAGGAUGAAUCACUUUGUUUAUCCUACUGCUUCCUUCUUGAAUGCAGAUGCAGGAAGUUAUAUCACACAGCAGACUUAACUGAGAUCACAGAUGCUUGUCAUCUUGUGCAAAUGUCAGCUCAGGCUGGGAUUCAGUCCCUAAUCUCCUAAACUUGGGGUUGACAUUUUAGUGUUCCAGCUCCACAUUUGCAAUAGCUGAUGACUUUUGCUUUUAUUUACUGCUAUAUGAUUUCUUCUGGUACCCAUUUCUUUAAAUAGAAAUGCUUGUAACCUUUUCAGUUGGUGUAAGUGACUUUAUUCAUUGCACCCAUGGUUUUUAGAUAAAACAGCUUCUGUGCCAAUUGGAGGAACAUCACUGCUGGUUCUGAGAUUUCUUUUGAAAUGUUUUUUUCUCUAAUCACUUUAGGGUAAAUAUAGAUUUUUUAAAUGGAACUAUUGACAGUUGUGUUUUUUGCUGUUUUAUUUCACCAUAUUUGACAUGAAUCCUGUGUGUUAUUUAGGAAAUAAACAAUCACUCAAUUAA